UCUGCAUGAGUGAAAUGAUGCAUGUCUAUUUGCUGACUUCUUGAGUUGUGUGUGGGUUUUAUUCCUGUUUGUUGUUUGCUUGGGGUUGGAUCCGAUGUUGACGGAUCAGAGAUCGAACGACGAUUCGCGGAAGCGGCGGGAUGGAGAUGAGCAUUGCGCCAAGGGAGGAGGAGCUUCCACCAGCAGCAGCAAUGGCGGCAGCUGCAACAACAAUAACAACGUCUCGAAUGAACGAAGGAAUGAAGGUGAUAGUAAACGGAUGAAGGCAGUGGGUGAACUUAAAGUGGAAGGGGAAGGGAAUUCUGGCAAGGGGGCGGCCGCGGUGGAGAGACGCUCGAAGCUAGACGAACUGCCGAAGCAAGACUACAUCCAUGUUCGAGCAAGACGAGGUCAAGCUACCGAUAGUCAUAGUUUAGCAGAAAGAGCUAGGAGAGAAAAGAUUAGUGAGAGGAUGAAAAUUCUUCAGGAUUUGGUUCCUGGUUGUAAUAAGGUCCGAGCUGCUAUCAAGGUCAAGGCAUCAGUCAUCAUCUGUUUCACUUCUUCCAGGAAGAGCUGCUAGGUCUCUAUCAUCUUAUAGAUUUUUGUUUUAGCUAUAAGGUAGUUGGUAUUUUCAAUUUUGAAUCGGAAUAUGCAAUGAUGAUGUAUACUUGAU